AUGGCUGCUCAGAGUUCACACGUGUGCGAUUUCGAAGGGUGCGGAAAAACGUUUGGUAAGGAGAUCCGGCUCGUUGAACACAAGCGGAUGCAUACAGGAGAGAGACCAUGCAUAUGCCCCCAUGAAGGAUGUAACAAAUCGUUUGUGAGAUCUGUCCAUUUAAAAAGGCACUUGUUAUCACAUGGUGGAGAAAAAUUAUUCAAAUGCAGCCAAUGUGAUAUGUUAUUUAUAACAAAACACAACUCCAAGCGCCAUGAGCAGCGAGCUCAUAAUAGGCCCUUUAAGUGCAAUGUUAAUGGUUGUGAUGAACAAUUUACGAAAUGUAAUCAACUGAAAAUUCAUCAGCUGGUCCAUACUUGUGAAAAGCCCUUUAAGUGUAAAGAGCGAGGUUGUUUGGCAUGUUUUGAUGCUCCAGGGAAACUGAGAAGGCACCAAAAACGGCAUGACAAAGGUGUUUUUCCCUUCUUUCCAAGGUAUCGGAAUGAUACCUUUGCUCAUGACUGGCUGCGCAAACAUGUUUCUUCUCACAAGUGCAUUCUUUUCUGUGAGGGAUAAGCAUGCCAGGCUUCCAUUUGGACAUGAUAAUUCAGAAUGUGCCCUACAAAAUACCAGUGAUUUGUUUUUCUGGCCUUUUAUGGCUUCACAGUAACUUGUACAUAAUUUCAUUUGUUGUUCUAGGAAAGCUCUCGCGGAGUGCCUUUCAACGUAAUGCGUCAAUCAGUUCAAAUCUUUAACAUUCACCCCACUCCCUGGACAACCCUUGGGCAUUGAACUUCAGAAGAUUGGUUUGUUCACCUUGCUUUGCAUUUUAACUCCUCCAUGUCAGAAAAUAAAACAUUUGUUCUCCACUGGAAAGAUAUUUCAGGUUCAAAUUCCCAACCCCACCCAGACAAGGUUCAAACUCCCCAUUCCCAGGAAGGCCUUUGGUUAAAUGCUCUAUUCUCUGGGCAUGGACUACAGGCAAAUGCCUGUGGGUUGCCAAAGUGGUGGUGGUGGGGGCGGGGUAUGUUGAAGUUUGAAUUGAUCAGCACAACAAAAUCAGGAAAAAUAUCAAAUUCUGACAUUCAUCCAGUACCAGUAAUUUUUUUCCAUGAAAUGCUCAUUGCAAAUGUUGCAAUGGUGGUGAUGGGUGACCACCAGCUAUAAUUUUAAUAUGUGCUACAAUUUGCACAUUCCUAAUAUAUUUUGAGAGAUAAAGAGUCACUUGAUAUCACUGAAAAAGGUGUAUCAUGAAUUGGGUUUUGAGUUCAACUAGACAAAAGGCAAUUGUAAUUCUCAGAGACGGCUGUUUUUAGAAAUGGUAGUUCUGAAAAUCAUUAUGCCUCAUGCAAAUUACUUCCCCUGGAAGUUUUGACUUGUACUAUGUACAUCACUGAAUUUCCUCACAUGUCUAGUACCCUGUAAGACAGAUGUUCUCCAAGCUAUUUAGUUGCCUGCCGAGCUGGCAACAUUUUGGCAAGAGAUAGAGUGUUCAGUAUUUUCUUGGUUCAAAUUAUAGCUCCCAUCUUUGAACUUUACAGAAGAGGAAGGCUGGGUAGAGAAAGAAAGUUGUUUGAAGCAGGUGAAUGAAGGUCAAAAUAAAGAAGAGGGGAGGGGUGGGGCCUCUCCCUUCGCCCACUCUUACACUAAAUCAAACCUGGCUGGGCGGAUAAACAAUUGCGAGCUUGUAACCUGAACUCCCCCCUUAAGACACCUCUACUGCAGGUUGCUUUUUAAGUGUCUUUGUGACCCUCACUUCAUUGGAUGAAGUGUGACAAGAUGCUCUUGGUUGUGUUUGACAUCCAAUCAAAGAAUUGGGCUUUUGAUUAAAGUUACAAACUAAGCGCAUUAUUCUGGAUUCAUUGUCUUCCAGGGUACUAAGAAGGUUCUGUUCUAAGAGCCUCAUGUAAGAGGUAUUAUUGUGUCAACUAAGAUACACCAGUUUCAAAUUUUACCCACAGUUGUGUUUGUUCUGAUAACAUGUAAAAUCAUGAUGUUGAUUUUUUAAUUUUUCCUGUCAAUCAGUCAGGAAAUAUUUACAUUUCUUAAUACAAUUAUAAUUUUAUGUAUUAAUCUGUACAGCUGUUUCAUGAUUUAUUUUUUCUUAACCUUAAAGUACCUCUGAUUGUCUUUAACUUUUGGUCAAACAAUGAAAAUCCAUGUUUAACGACGGCAUUAAGUAGAUGAAUAUGUCUUCAAAAAGUAUAUCAUUAUAGUUAUUCGUACUUAAAAUAAAAUUCCAAAUGUUUUGCUA